CCCCCCUUCCUCUUCUUUCUACUCUCCCUUCCUUUCCUUCCUUUCCUUCUCUCUUUCUUCAAUCGACCCUCGGUCUUCUUCUUCUUCCUCUCUUCCAUCCCCGCCCCCCUCUACCUCUUCAUCCUCAUCCUCACUUCCGUUUUAUAUCCUGUAUCAUAGAGUCAUUCGCUUCUCCCCUGUUCUCUUCUUUGCACUGUACUUCUUUCUUUCGUUUCUUUCCAUCUGUAUAACCGAUCUCUAAACAACAAUGGCCCCGACUGCCUUUGAUGCCUUAGCCCAGGCCGCCUUCGCCUCGGCCGAAUCCAUCUUCGCCGUUAGCUCGCCCUCGUCACACCCCGCAAAGGCCAUCGACCGUCUCUCGGACAAGUACACCAUCUCCAACACAUCGCCUUCCGUCACGACCCUCCAAGCCAACGCCGAUCCCUUCCAAAAGAUCCAAGAGUCUGCAGCCUCCACUAGGGAGCUUACCUCCGUUCUCGCCACCUCGGACGUGCUCCUGCCCGCGAUCCCUCAUCUCUUCAAGACCGCUGCCCAGCGAUCUGCAGUCGUCGUCCAUGUCGAGGCCAAGGAACGGGAUGCCAGCAUCAAUACCACCAAUCACAGCAACACCAACGGGCACACCAACGGUCACAUCAACGGCAGCAGCAAAGGACACCAGAGCAGCGUCGUUCCCUCAAAUGCUGAUCUGAUGGCUGUCCGUCAAACAGGAUUCGCAGUCUUGACCUCGGACAACGCCCAGGCUGCCUUCGAUCUGGCUCUGAUUGCCCAGGCAGCCGCCGUUCAGACCAGUACCCCCUUCUUGAACGUCGUCAACGGCUCGGAGAAACAGCAGCAGCAGAAGGUUGUUCUGGAUCAUCAGAAGGUCGCCCCCGCUUUGAUCUCGGACAAGGACUUGGCUGCCCACAAGGAGCGCCAGGCCGCUGUGAGCGAGAUCUCGCUUUCGUCCCUGUACCUGAACCCGAAGGACUCGACCACAUCUGCCUCGACUGCUGCGUCGCCCGAGGAGAUCUACAGCAAGGUCGAGGAGCUCCUCGCUGUCCUUCAGAAGCAGACUGGCCGCUCAUACAGUCCCAUUGAGUAUCAAGGUCCCGCCAACCCAAAGACCGUCUUCGUGUCCCUGGCCAUCGGCUCCUCGGCCCUCGAGCACAUCGUCCACUCGCAUCACCGCAAGGAUGUCGGCCUCAUCAAGAUCCAUCUCUACCGUCCCUGGUCUGAGCGUCAUUUCCUCAAGGCUCUCCCAGCUUCCGUUGAGCGUGUCAUCGUCGUCGAGCAGGCUCCUGCUGCCCACACCGCCUGGACUCCCCUCUUCCUCGAUGUCUCCGCAUCGUUCCACACCACCGAGACUGCCUGGGAGGGUCAGAUCCCAAAGAUCCUCAGUGCUCGCUACCGCGGAUCUGGCGCCGAUAUCACCGAGGCCGAUGUCAAGUCUGCCCUCGAUGAGGAAAAGCCCACCUUCGCACUUAACCCUCAUUACGUCGCCCACGCAGCUCCCCAGGCUACGCCUCUGCAGGGCUCGGAUGUCGAUACCCCUUACAUCCAGAUGCUGAACCAGGUCUUCCAGGAUCGCCUGAAUAUCGAGAACGGCGUCAAGACUGACUCUGUCUGGGGAUCUGCCCAGCAGUCACCCGAAUUUGGUUAUGGUUCCUUGGUCACCAAGGUCGCUGCUCGUGCCCGCUUUGCUGAGCUCGUCUCCAAGGCCGUCCAGGAUUCUUCGCUCAAGAUCUCGGAGGCCCUCCGCAAGGCUCUUACUCAGUGGCACUUGAAUCGAUCCGACAGCAAACUGGCCAAGCGCCAUGGCGAUGAGGCUAUUGCACUCCUGCGAGAGGCCAAGGACAACCUGGUGGGACCCCUGGCCGAGAUUAGCGCACAGUCUAGUCACUUCGCAAAGCCUUCGCACUGGUUGAUCGGCGCUGACUCCUGGGCCUUUGAUAUUGCCAACUCUGGAGUCCAUCACGUCAUCUCGUCCAAUGCCGACAUCAACCUGCUCAUCCUUGACACCGAACCCUACACCGCUCGUACUCAGAGCCCCGAGAACCGCAAGAAGGAUAUUGGUCUCUAUGCCAUGAACUAUGGAUCUGUCUUUGUCGCCUCCGUUGCUGUUUACUCGAGCUAUUCGCACGUCUUGCAUGCUUUGAUCGAGGCUGACCAGUAUCAGGGCCCCUCCAUCGUCCUCGCCUACUUGCCCCGCCCUGACGAGGAGAACGUCUCGCCCAUCACUGUCUUGAAGGAGACAAAGUUGGCAGUCGAUACCGGCUACUGGCCCCUCUACCGUUGGAACCCUGCAUUGGAUGAGAAGGGUGAGGAGCCUUUCCGUCUUGACUCUGAGCGCAUCAAGCUGGAUCUGCAGCAGUUCCUCGAGCGCGAGAACCACCUCUCACUCAUCAUUCAGCAGAACCCGGAUAUUGCUCGCACCUUGACUCACUCGGUCGAGUCCGAGGCCCAGACCCGUGAUGCUGCGCUCAAGAAGAAGGCCAAGGACGAUUUCGCCAAGCUGAUGGGCGGUCUCGGUGGCCCUCCACUGUUGAUUCUCUUUGGCUCGGACGGAAGCAACGCCGAGGGUCUGGCCAAGCGUCUGGUCAAGGGUGCCAAGCUCCGCAACCUCACUGCCCGCUACAGCGCCAUGGAUGAUGUCUCGAUCGAAGACCUUACUCUGGAAAAGCACGUCAUCUUCGUGGUCUCAACCGCCGGACAAGGAGAGUUCCCCGUCAACGCCCGUGAGUUCUGGAAGAGCUUGAGCGCCGCCACUGAGCUGGCUGUUUCCGAGACCAAGUUUGCAGUCUUUGGUCUGGGCGACUCGCAUUACUGGCCCCGUGAGGAGGACGCGAUCUUCUACAACCGUCCCUCAAAGGAGCUCCACACCAAGCUGGUUGAGCUUGGUGCCAACCCUCUGAUCGAUCUCGGUCUCGGAAACGACCAAGAUGCCGAUUCUUUCGAGACCGCCUGGGCUGCCUGGGAGCCUCUCCUCUGGGAGUCCCUUGGCUGCAAGCCUCUGGAGGGUGUGGUCGAGGAGCCCAAGAAGUCUGCGGAUGAUGCCAUGAAGAUCGAGUCCAACUACCUUCGCGGUACCAUUGCCGAGGGUCUCGUGGACGAGACCACCGGCCAGCUCCGCGCCGAGGCCGACACCAAGCUGACAAAGUUCCACGGUAUCUACCAGCAGGACGAUCGCGAUCUUCGCGAGGAGCGCAAGAAGCAGGGACUUGAGAAGGCCUUCUCGUUCAUGGUCCGUGUCCGUGUGCCCGGUGGUGUGGCCACCCCUGCUCAGUGGCUCGCGAUGGACAGCAUCUCAGACGUGACCGCCAAUGGCACCUUGAAGUUGACGACGCGUCAGGCCUUCCAGUUCCACGGAGUGUUGAAGCGUAACCUGAAGAAGAACAUCCAGUUGAUCAACAAGUCGCUGUUGGACACGAUUGCAGCCUGUGGAGACGUUAACCGCAACAUCAUGUGCAACCCCAACCCUCACCAAUCGGAUCUUCACAAGCAGGUCAACGACUUUGCCACUGACCUGUCCGCACACCUGUUGCCCAAGACGUCGGCGUACCGUGAGAUCUGGCUGGACCAGAAGCUGGUCAAGGGCGAGGCCGUCGUUGACCAUGAGCCCUUGUAUGGUCCCACCUACUUGCCCCGCAAGUUCAAAAUUGUCGUCGCUGUUCCUCCCAACAACGAUGUGGAUGUCUUUGCCCAUGAUCUCGGCUUCAUCGCGAUCACAAACAAGGAUGGCUCCCUCGCUGGAUUCAACGUUACAGUCGGUGGUGGCAUGGGUAUGACCCACGGUAACAAGAAGACCUAUCCUCGUCUUGCGGACAUUCUUGGCUUCUGCACACCCGAGCAGGCGAUCGAGACUGGAGAGAAGGUCAUGCUCGUCCAGCGCGACUUUGGUGACCGCAUGAACCGCAAGCACGCUCGUCUGAAGUACACCAUCGACGACCGUGGCAUCGAGUGGUUCAAGACCGAGGUCCAGUCGCGUCUGCCAUUCCAGCUGCAGGAGCCCCGUCCCUUCAAGUUCUUGGACAACGCGGAUCGCUAUGGCUGGACCCAGGGCCAGGACAAGAUGUGGCACUACUGCUGUUACAUCGAGAACGGCCGUGUCAAGGACACACCUGCGGAGCCCCACAAGACCGGUCUCCGAGAGAUUGCCAAGAUCCAUCAGGGCGAAUUCCGUCUGACGCCCAACCAGCAUUUGAUCGUCGCCAACGUUAAGGAGUCGGAGAAGCAGCGCAUCCAGGAGUUGUUGGAGCAGUACAAGCUCGACAAGCUCAACUACACGGGCGCGAUGCUGAACGCGAUGGCCUGUGUCGCCUUCCCGACUUGCUCGCUUGCCAUGGCCGAGUCUGAGCGGUACCUACCCUCGCUCGUCGAGAAGUUCGAGUCGACGCUGGAGGAAAUUGGUCUGAGGGACGACGCGAUCACGAUUCGUAUGACAGGAUGUCCGAACGGAUGUGCACGUCCGUAUGUGGCCGAGAUUGCGUUCGUCGGCAAGGCCUUCGGCGCAUACAACGUCUACUUGGGAGGAGGACACCACGGAGAACGACUCAACAAGUUGUACAAGGAGUCGUUGACGGAGCCAGAGAUUAUUGCAGAGUUGACGCCGAUGUUCCGUCGCUAUGCGGCCGAGCGCCUCGAUGGCGAGUUCUUUGGUGACUUUGUGAUCCGUGUGGGCAUCAUUAAGGCUACUUUGAGUGGAAAGACCUUCCACGACCUCUCAUAAUCCUUUUAUUAUUUGUGCUUUUUGUUAUCUAAUACUCUGUUCUCGCAUUUAUAUUGUUUUUCCAUGUCGGCAUUCACAAAUAGUCUUCAAUAAAUAAAAAUUAAAAAUGACAUUCACCAAA